AUGGCGGGCGCGCUGCACGCCCCGCAGCAGGGGUCGCGCACCAGCGUGGUCCUGUACGUCGUCAUAGCGGUGACGGUCAUCGUGGCCGGGUUGAUGAUCAGGGGCGAACGCAUCGCGUACAACUCAAUGGCGAACGAAUUCAGCGCUCUGUCGAUGGAGUACCAGUCCAGCACGGACCGCGUCGUCGAGCUCGAGUCCAGCCUUGCGAGCGCGGAGGCCAAGAUCGACGAGCUCCAGAGCUCGGUGUCGCUCCUGAAGAGCUCCGAGGCCAGCCUGAACGAGGAGCUGAAGGGCGCGCAGGAGGCGACCGGGCAGCAGGAGGCGGCGUGGCUGGCGGAGAAGCAGGCGCUCGAGGAGCGCGCGCAGCAGGCCGAGGAGCUGGCCGAGGCGCGCGCGAAGAUGAUCGACACGCUCAAGCAAACGCCCAAGGGCACCGCAGCGCCGACGAACACCGAGGCGCCGGAGGGCACCGAGGCGCCGGAGGCGUCGCCGCCGGUGAAGACCCGGCCGAGGAGCACCGCGCCGUGA